UUCUGAUUUUAAUUUAAUGUUUUGGGGAAAGUUUAAUUCUGGUUUUGUUUUUACUAAAAAUGCUGAUUUUAUUUUGUGUUUAUUAAGUGUUUCAUGUAAUUCUGAUUUAAUUACACUUCUAAUUCUGAUUCAAGUUUAUUAUUUGUAUUUUUGCUUCAUUUUUAAUUCUGAUUUUAAUAGGCGAAUCUUCCCUGCCUUAAAAGUGAAACUGUCUGGACUGGACAAAAAGGCCAAUUAUUAUGUCAUAAUGGACAUAGUUCCUUGUGACGCCAAUCGUUGGAAAUUCCACAAUUCUCGUUGGACUGUGGCGGGGAAAGCAGAUCCUGAACUUCAAAAACCUCUACAUAUCCACCCAGAUUCGCCUGCUACGGGGGAACAUUGGAUGGCUAAAGGAGCAAGUUUUCAUCGAGUAAAGGUGACAAACAAUGCUACAAACAAGGCAGAAUUUACUGUUCUCAACUCUAUGCACAAAUACCAACCUCGUAUACACAUUGUUCGUUCAAACGAUGUACAUUCCUAUAAAGUAGCUAAUUGGUCUACAACUGUAUUUCCUGAAACGGAAUUUAUUGCAGUCACUGCCUACCAAAACAGCCAGGCAAGUAAUAAUUUUUAUGGUUUUCUGAUUUUUGUUCUGAUUUUCUGA